AAGUCUUUGUAUGCUUCUUCUAUCCCCACUUCCUCAGAGCUAAUAAUAACAACAAUUUAUCCAUUCCAUCCAAAGGAGAGUUGAGUAACAGCAGCAGACCCAGAUACCUGAGAGAGAGCAGAGAUGGCUUCCAUGACCAUGACAACCUCAUUCCUAGCCUCCCCUGUGACCAAGCCUCAGCCUUUGAUAGGUGCUCCUAGAGGACUUAUUGUGGCCAAGGCUUCAAGACCCACAGAGGGAAAAAGUGUGAGCUUGAACAACAAGGAAGAGAGCAGCAGUGGAAGCAGGAGAGAGUUGGUGUUUGCAGCAGCUGCUGCUGCUGCAUGCUCCAUUGCCAAGGUUGCCAUGGCUGUUGAGCCCAAGCGAGGGACCUCUGAAGCUAAGAAGAAGUAUGCACCUAUCUGUGUUACAAUGCCUACUGCUAAAAUUUGUAACUAUUGAUGUGAAUGUCUUAUGACCAGUAAUUAUUGAUUUGGUUUCUAAGUAUGUGGAAGUGAAACCUUGUAUGCAAUCUCUUAUCUUUCUAUUGGAGAAACCUCAUCUCAACUUUUCCCUUAAUUUCUUUA